AUGGAUUGUGGGAACCCCAGCAUUCAGUCUCUGAAGGAGAUGAAUAUUGAUGAAGGUGCUGGUAGUAGUGAAGCCAUCACCAGUGAGACACCAGCAGAUAAUACAGGCAACAGAGAGGAGUCAGAUGAUUUUGAUGAUGUGAAGCCAUCAAAAGCACCUUACUACUAUGGCAAAUCACUUAAUGAGUGUAAAUUGUGGUUAGCUUUAAUAAGACAGCAGUUUCAUCUGAGGAAAUCAUUACAAAAGGCAUUAGAUGUAGUCAGAAUUGAUUGGGUGUCCAGCCAUUUUUAUAACAAACCCCAGAUGCAUUGGCAGAUGUUGGGAAUAGAGAGAGAACAACUACCCAUGUCAUGGAACAAAUUCAAGAUGUGGUACAAAACUCAGAUCAAUCAUCUGGGCUGA